GAGAAAACCAUUGUGUCAAAGGGACAGCACCAAAAGGCAAAAGGAAGUGUUUCCAGCUGAUUACUGACCACACUGUGAGAGCUUUCUUACCUCUUGUCCCAGUGAAGCAGUAUUGAUUGAUCAACUUCUUGACAGAAGACCAUGGCAAAGAAGGUGGCAGUGAUUGGAGCCGGGGUCAGUGGCCUGGUCUCUCUGAAGUGUUGUGUGGAUGAGGGACUGGAGCCCACUUGCUUUGAGCGAACUGAAGAUAUUGGAGGGCUGUGGAGGUUCAAAGAAAAUGUUGAAGAUGGUCGAGCAAGUAUCUAUCAAUCUGUCAUCACCAACACCAGCAAAGAAAUGUCUUGUUUCAGUGAUUUUCCAAUGCCUGAAGACUUUCCAAACUUCCUGCACAAUUCUAAGCUCCUGGAAUAUUUCAGAAUUUUUGCCAGAAAGUUUGAUCUUCUAAAAUAUAUUCAGUUCCAGACAACUGUCCUCAGUGUGAAAAAACACACGGAUUUCUCAUCUUCUGGCCAAUGGGAGGUUGUUACCGAGAGCAACAGCAAGAAGCAAAGUGCUGUCUUUGACGCAGUUAUGGUUUGCAGCGGCCAUCACAUCCUCCCUCACAUCCCACUGGAGUCAUUUCCAGGUAUUGAGAGGUUCAAAGGCCAGUAUUUCCAUAGCCGCCAAUACAAGCACCCAGAGGGACUUGAAGGGAAACAUAUCCUGGUGAUUGGACUAGGAAACUCGGCCUCAGAUAUUGCCACUGAGCUGAGUAAGAAGGCUGCUCAGGUAUUUAUCAGCACCAGACAUGGUUCCUGGGUCAUGGGCCGUAUCUCUGAAGAUGGCUAUCCCUGGGACAUUGUGUUCCACACCCGGUUUAGGUCCAUGCUCCGAAAUGUCCUGCCACAAACAAUUCGAAAAUGGAUGAUGGAACAGCAGAUGAAUCAGUGGUUCAACCAUGAAAAUUAUGGCCUUGAGCCUCAAAACAAAUAUCUUAUGAAAGAACCUGUAAUAAAUGAUGAUCUUCCAAGUCAUAUACUCUAUGGAGCCAUCAAGGUGAAACCAAGAGUGAAAGAGCUCACAGAAACUUCUGCCAUCUUUGAAGAUGGAACAGUGGAGGAGAAUAUUGAUGUUAUUGUCUUUGCAACGGGAUAUACUUUCUCUUUUCCAUUCCUUGAAGAUUCACUUGUUAAAGUAGAGGUUAAGAUGGUCUCACUGUAUAAAUACAUGUUCCCUCCUCACCUGGAGAAGUCAACUCUGGCGUGCAUUGGUCUCAUCCAGCCCCUAGGUUCCAUUUUCCCAACUGCCGAACUUCAAGCUCGUUGGGCAACCAGGGUUUUCAAAGGCUUGUGUACCUUGCCCUCAGAGAGGACUAUGAUGGCAGACAUUAUCAAGAGGAAUGAAAAAAGAAUAGAUCUGUUUGGAAAGAACCAGAGCCAGAUACUUCAGACCAAUUACAUCGACUACUUGGAUGGGCUCGCCUUAGAGAUAGGUGCGAAGCCAGACGUCCUAUCUCUCUUGCUGAAAGACCCCAAACUGGCUGUGAAGCUCUAUUUUGGACCCUGCAACUCCUACCAGUAUCGCCUCACUGGGCCCGGGCAGUGGAAGGGAGCCAAGAGGGCCAUCCUCACCCAGAAACAAUGGAUACUGAAGCCUUUAAAGACACGGGCACUAAAAGCUUCAUCUGAUUUCCCGGUUUCCUUUCUGUUGAAAAUCGUGGGGCUUCUUGCUAUUGUUGUAGCCCUUUUUUUUCAGCUUCAGUGGUUCUAAUUGGUCAGCAUAAAGCUUUUGAUUUUAGUGUCAGUCAGUUCCUCUUAAAAAAAAAAGACAAAGAAAAAAUAUGAAAUCUAGAUUCUAUAUUUCAGAGUCGAGAGGAACAGAGAGAGGCGGUUGUAGAGAAUUAGCAGAAUUAGGUCCAUGUUAAAACACUAAAAUGGGGCGCCUGGGUGGCUCAGUUGGUUAAGCGACUGCCUU